UUAUUAUUAAUGUUUUGGGUUAACAGACAGACAGUCUCCCUAGCCUGCCUGCACUUUAUUUGCUAAGCACAAUCAAAAUACAAACGCUAGCCUACUCCGAUCGAUCUCCAGUCCUCCUCCUACUCGCUCAUCCAUGUCGAAACAAUUCAAUGUACCGCCGGUGGUUUUCCCGAAUUCCACCGAUGACCGGCGGCGACGCCUUCCCACUGCUCCCUUCCAACCCCCGAACUCCUCGACUCCCGGUCUCCCCUUCCUUUCCUUCGACGUCAACUCCGCUGCGGCAUCCACCUCCUACUCCCCGGCUCCGCAGUUCCCCUCCACCAUCGUCGGUAUCGGAGGAGGCGCAACCGGAUUCGAGGACGAGCCCCCGCUCCUAGAAGAGCUGGGGAUAAACACCAAGCAAAUCUACCAGAAAACCCUCUCGGUUCUCAAUCCUUUCAGAAUCAAGCACCACCUGCACGAGGACGCCGAUCUCUUCGGUCCGUUCCUCUUCCUCAUGGCGUUCGGGCUGUUUCAGCUCCUUGCCGGGAAAAUACACUUCGGAAUCAUCCUGGGCUGGGUGACGAUGUCGUCGAUGUUCCUGUACGUCGUUUUCAAUAUGCUCGCAGGGAGAAGCGGAAAUCUGGAUCUGUACAAGUGUCUUAGCCUAAUCGGCUACUGUAUGCUGCCAAUCGUGAUACUGUCGGCGAUCUCUCUGUUCAUGCCUCAGGGAGGUUUGGCGGUCAUGGUGUUGACCGGAGCGUUCGUUAUCUGGUCGACACGCGUCUGCACGCGAUUGGUAGUCGAGUUGGCUAGCUGUGGGGAUGAGCAUAGGGGAUUGAUCGCCUACGCUUGCUUCUUGAUUUAUAUGCUCUUUUCACUGCUUGUGAUUUUCUAGGGAUCAGAAGCGAAGCAAAUCAAUUUGGCAUCUUGGGUAAGCAAAUAGGAGUUGUUAUAAAAAGAGUUUAAGUUGUAUUUUCUUGUGUGUAUUGAUUAUGGAUACUUGUAAACAUGCAGUAGUAAGUAGUCGCCUAGCCUUUACUUUACAGAUAAUGUAUUUAUUUGGAGAAAAUUGCAAAAUAUA